AUGACGUCCGAAACGAAGCAAGCCUCGAAUACCGGAUCCGGCCAUCUCCACGCCAAAGUCGUCGACGAUGCAGAAAGCGUGCUUCGCCAGUUCAGUCUUCCGGUCUGCUCCACAAGCUUGCUAGAUGAAAUCAUUAGUCGGGAUAUAGACUUGGAUUUUGGUCCGGCACAAUGGAGCGCGUAUAACCAGUUGAUCAACGUUCAGCGGCUUCAGUUGGAAUCUCUCUUCAACUGCGUCCUUGGGUUCAACAAGGAGGCUUGCGCUGGGCUGAAGGGAGCCGGGACCGGUCAUGUACGAUCCGAUAUCCUGAGAUCCAUACUCGUCUCUCUCUCCAGUCUCAUGUUUCUCAGAAUGAGCACGACCAUCACCCUGGCAACUCAUGGCCCACAUGCGUGCCAAAAACGCGCUCCGGGGAACUUCUUACCCGUGCCUAAAUUUGACAGCGCAAAGCUUGUCAACGAUGAAGGUCUUGCGUCCCUGAGAGAAGACUGCGAGCUUAUUCUCAAGCUUAUUGCAAAGCUCACCACUGUUUCACCUGAGCCCACUGCCCCAACGAAAUUCGUUGAUUUAUCCGGAAAGGAAAUAAUUCGACACAAGAAACCAAGAGUAUUCAUCUAA